CGGGAGCAGCAGCGGCAUGUCGGGCCACUCGCAGUGCCUGAGCUACGCGGGCUGCAACUUCCUGCGGCAGCGCCUGGUGCUGUCCACGCUGAGCGGGCGCCCGCUCAAGAUCCGCAAGAUCCGCGCCAGGGAGGAGGACCCCGGGCUCCGCGAUUUUGAAGCGAGUUUUAUUCGCCUCAUUGACAAGGUGACCAAUGGCUCUAGGAUUGAAAUAAACCAAACAGGUACAACCCUGUAUUAUCAGCCUGGUCUUUUGUAUGGAGGCUCAUUGGAACACGACUGCAGCCCCAGUCGCGGUAUUGGAUAUUAUUUGGAAAGUCUGCUCUGCCUGGCACCUUUCAUGAAGCACCCAUUAAAAAUUGUCCUGAGGGGAGUAACAAAUGAUCAAGUAGAUCCUUCAGUAAGUAUCCUUAAGGCAACAGCUCUACCCCUACUGAAGAAAUUUGGAAUUGAUGGUGAAAGUCUGGAAAUCAAGAUCAACCGGAGAGGAAUGCCUCCCAAGGGCGGUGGAGAGAUAGUGUUUGCCUGCCCGGUGAAGAAGGUCCUGCAGCCCAUUCAACUCACAGACCCUGGCAAAAUCAAGCGCAUCAGGGGGACAGCAUACUCCGUCAGAGUGUCACCACAGAUGGCAAACAGAAUAGUGGAGUCUGCAAGGAGCAUCCUUAAUAAGUUCCUCCCGGACAUUUAUAUCUAUACAGAUCAUAUGAAGGGAGUCAGCUCUGGAAAAUCCCCAGGUUUUGGACUAAGCCUUGUUGCAGAAACCAUCAAUGGCACUUUCCUCAGCGCUGAGCUGGCCUCGAACCCUCAGGGCCAGGGUGCUGCUGUGUUGCCUGAGGAACUGGGCCRGAGCUGUGCGAAGCUGCUGCUGGAGGAGAUCUACAGGGGAGGCUGUGUAGAUUCAACAAACCAGAGCCUUGCUCUGCUCCUCAUGACCCUUGGACAACAGGAUGUUUCCAAAGUCCUGUUGGGACCUCUAUCUCCAUACACAAUUGAGUUUCUGCGACACCUGAGGAGCUUCUUCCAGAUCAUGUUUAAAAUUGAAACAAAGUCCCCUGAGGAGGAGGAGCACAAGGGGGGCGCAAAAGUCUUAAUGACGUGUGUCGGUGUUGGAUUUUCCAACCUGAGUAAAACAAUAAGAUAAAGUAUCUGCAGACUUUCUGAAAUACCGUGACAGAAAACACUGCAGAGAUCUGAUACAACCAUGUGAGAGCCUGUCUUCCCAUGUGCUUCUUCUGGAACCAGGAAAAACAACCAUGAUCCCAGUGCAAAGGUACCCAAGCUUGCUGCAUGUAAACAAUACAGCUGCCUUCAGGCUGUUUAGGCCUGUAUUGUGUGCGAACACAAUGCUGCUAUUGUGCUGCGUGGAAUGACUGGCCAGAGUCUCAGCUGGCUUGGGGCUUCCUGCACUGUGCUCCAGUGCAUGGGACACAGGUGCCUCUUACAUUCCUGUGCCCCUCUUCCCAUGCCCUCAAGCCUUAAGCACAGUGGAUGUUCUACUUGUCAUUAUGUGUAUCUAUCUACAGGCUUCACUCUUAGCUUUUUUUCUGAAAGGUUUAGAUAGAGAAGGGAAACAGGAUUGACCAAAAUGAGACUUGCAGUGCAGACAAAUGAUCACAAUAAAAACAUAAGAUUCUUCAGGUAAUUGCAGAGAUAUUACUGGCAUGGAAAUUAAAAUACAAGCUGGAACAAUAAUUUCAGGUUCAUACACUGUAUGUGUAUAGAAUUUGUCAAAUGUUUCACUCCUGUUCAAGUUGGCUAAAUUAUAAUUUUACAGAGGAGAAAAACUACCUACUUUUAAUUUCUUUUAAUGAUAGAAGGCUGCAGAAGAGAUCACAGCCUGUACUGGUUUCUUCUAUCUACCUCUUCMAGGAUAGACAGGAGAAAUCUCCUUGCAGUUUUCAAAUGAUUCUGUGUAUUCCUGUCAGGUUUGCUUGGCAUGCCACAUGCUACAGUUUACAGCUGGUUACAACUGAAAGGUAGCAAAGAAGCUGUACCAGCUUUGAGGAAGAAAGUACGUUCAAUUGGUGCCAUUACAUUUAGUGCAGCUGCUCCAUUCUGGAAAGAGGAAAUUGUCACAAAUGGGCAUGGAUAUUCAGAGUAACUGGUACUAAAGAUUUGUGUUGGGAUAAAAAGCCUUAUCCAGGCUUUUUCAUGUCAGGCAAACUCCCUAAAAUUAAUCCAGAACUGCUGAUGUAGGUAAGGUGACUUGUACUGGACUUUGAGUUACAGUCACUGAAAUGUGUUCGUGGUAAAAUGAAUCCAUGGCAAAGGCUGGUAUGUUAUAUGGCAAGUACUAGUGACUAUGUUAUAAUGGUCUUACAAACUUUAUCCAGUGCUACUGUAGAGUGGGCAUUACCUCUGUAAUAUGAAAAAUGUAUAUUGGACCCAAACAGAACCUUUAACAAAAGGUGGGAAUUUGAAUAUUGGUUUAUGAGUAUUGAAAGCUGUGGGUCAUUUUUGUACUGUACUUUGUUCUUGUUGCAAUCUAUCUAAACAUAUUUUGGAAAAAUAAAAGUAUUUUUCCUAAAUAAGAUUUAUUUCUUUAUAAACACACACACACACGAAAACCUUUUCCACCAGCCCUAUAAUCUGGCAACUGUUUUGUGCUAUUAUAUGAAAAGAGUGGUUUGGGGAGUUACAUCUUGGGGGAAUGGCCCUGUUGAUAUCUUCUAGCUUUAAGAACUUAAAACUACAGAUAAGGAAAAUUGAACCAAAAAUCAAACUGGUAGAAUCCAAAAUAAAAGAUUUUGAAUUUCUGUAUUCUUAGAAUUUUAGAUUACAGUGGGACAAUAUGAUGGGCAUGAAACUAUUUCUCUGUUUCUCCUUUCAAUCUGCUUUCUACAGUGAAGAAGCUUGAAAGUCCGGAAAUAAAAACUGCUGUGAACACGGAGCCAUAUUAAGCUCCAAAAGGAGAAAUA